AAACUCGAUAAUAAUUGUGUGCUCUUUGGUUUCUAGAUCAUAGUUCGAGUCUAUCAGACACUAAUAGAAAUUUAGGGACGUAUUCUACUGCUUUUGCAAAUUCUCUCAACGAUUGCUCGUUCUUUUUUGGAUUUCUGCGUUCUUUUUCAUCAUCCUCUGUUAGGAAAAGCGAUGGACUCAUUGGACCCUACAGAGCGUAGGUACUUAGAAGAUGAUGACACCCCCAUGAUGAAGGUGAUUAAGGGUGCAACUAGUGGUUUAGCAGCUGGAACUAUCUUUGGUACUGUUGUGGCAACCUGGUAUGAUGUGCCUCGUGUUGAGAGAAAGGUCGCAUUACCAGGAUUGAUAAGGACUUUGAAGAUGAUGGGAAACUAUGGGAUGACUUUUGCUGCUAUAGGUGGUGUUUACAUUGGUGUAGAGCAGUUGAUGCAGCAUUAUAGGAUGAAAAGAGACUUUAUCAAUGGUGCAGCUGGUGGCUUCGUUGCUGGGGCUUCUGUUUUGGGCUUCAAAGGAAGGAGCAUUUCAACUGCGAUCUCUGCAGGAGCAGCACUGGCUGUCACUUCAUCUCUAAUUGAUGCUGGAGGUCAGACAACAAGAAUUGACAACGGCAAGGAGUACUACCCUUGCACUGUCAAGAAAAGGCCAGCACCCACAGAAUAAUCUAUCUUCACACUAUCAUUUCUGAGGCCAUAUUUCAUUUUACUCCUAUGAAAGAUGUAUUUUCCUUUGUGAUAUCUUUUCGCCUCAGUCGUUUCCCCCCUUCAAAACUCAUCGACUGAUAUUAGAGUGAAGUGUCGGAAUAAAUAUGUACUGAAAUUUUCGCAAGUUGAUUAUUUUUCUGUUUUAAAAGGAGGGUAAAGAGGAUGGCAGCGAUACAGGGGAACUGUUGUUGUGACGUAAUUGGCUCACUCUACUAAUUUGUUUUACCAUGAUUGUAACGAUGGAAGGCGUUUUGUUGUGUACAAAAUAGCGUGAUUGCUUAUCUAUAAUCUAGUCAGUGGGCUCAGGGCAAUCAUUUCCUUACUACGAGGUUUAUGACUUCAAACUUUUUUAGUAUUUUUUGCUUUGUAACUUUGGAUUAAUGAUCGAUAUUUCGAGAAUCGAGAGUUUCCUCUUGCAACCACUGCA